CUCACUGUUUCUUGAUCUCUUUCGCGGAUUUCUUGACGAAAUUCCCUUGCCUUUGCAUAUUCACCAUUCCCUCUUUCCUUCCACACUCUCUCAAAUACAACCAUGGCCCAAAUACGGGGCACCGCGGGCUACAACUUCGGCCACCAGAACCCCUUCGGCGGGCCCGGGCGGGCUGAUGCCACCAGCGACCCGAGUCCUCUCGACGCGAUCCGCGAGCAGACAAGCAAGAUUGAAGACUGGCUAGAUACCAUCUCGGAUCCCAUCAAACCCUAUCUCCCGGCCAUCGGCCGAUUCCUCAUCGUCGUCACCUUCAUCGAGGACACGAUUCGCAUCCUCACACAAUGGAGCGACCAGCUGUUAUACCUGCGUGACAUGCGAAAGAUCCCCUGGGGAAUCUCGCACACCUUCCUCAUCGUCAACGUGAUCGCCAUGUCCGUGUGCUCUGUGCUCGUGAUUGCCCGCAAGCGCAGCGAGAUCGCCGUCGCAGGCCUGCUGGGCGUGGUCAUCACGCAGGGACUGGGCUACGGCCUCAUCUUCGACCUGAACUUCUUCCUGCGCAACCUGAGCGUCGUGGGUGGCCUGCUCAUGGUCCUCUCCGACAGCUGGGUGAGCAAGAAGUUCGUCCCCGCGGGCCUGCCCCAGCUCGACGAGAAGGACCGCAAGAUGUACGUCCAGUUCGCCGGGCGCGUCCUCCUCAUCUUCCUCUUCAUCGGCUUCGUCUUCUCCGGCCAGUGGAGCCUGUGGCGCGUCAUCGUCAGCCUUUUCGGCUUCGUCGCCUGCGUCAUGGUCAUCGUCGGCUUCAAGGCUAAAUGGAGCGCCAUCAUUCUCGUCGUCUUGCUGUCCGUCUUCAACGUCCUUGUCAACAACUUCUGGACCCUCCACGAACGCCACCCGAAUAAGGACUUUGCCAAAUACGAUUUCUUUCAGAUUCUUUCCAUCGUCGGCGGUCUCCUCCUUCUCGUCAACAUGGGCCCUGGCCAGCUCAGCAUGGACGAGAAGAAAAAAGUCUACUAAUUCUUCAAGUCUGUCUCCAGCCUCGUUCUGUUCAUGUCACGUCUGUCUCAUUUAAAAUCUUCCGACACGUUCCUCACAUCUAUCCAGCUUUCCCCCCUC